AUGCAUAGACGUUUCCAUGGCAACUACUUUUUUGAAAACUACCAUUCACUUCACCAUUCCUCUCCAAUACCGCAGCCCUUCACAGCUGGAAAUGCAACACUUCUGGAGCAUCUGGUUUUAGGUGCAAUUGUUGGAAUUCCAGUUCUUGGUACCACUCUGAUGGGUUGUGGAUCAAUCUUCGUGAUCUACGGAUAUGUUUUGGUUUUUGAUUUUCUGAGAUGUUUGGGGCAUUCCAAUGUUGAAGUGAUUUCUCAUAAACUGUUCGAGAAAGCUCCCCUUCUCAGAUAUCUUCUCUACACUCCAACAUACCACAGCCUGCACCACACAGAAAUGGACACCAAUUUCUGCCUUUUUAUGCCCCUCUUUGAUGCAGUGGGGAAGACCCUGAACAGCAAAUCAUGGGGACUACACAAAGAGAUAAGCUUAAAUGCAGGUAAAAAUGGGAGCGCACCGGAUUUCGUUUUCCUCGCACACGUGGUGGAUCUGUCGUCUUCUUUGCACGUGCCGUUUGUUUUCCGAUCGUUCUCAUCACUGCCCUUCACCAUGAGAUUCUUCUUGGUGGGUUUCUGGCCUUCCGGCAUAGUAGCCAUGCUAGCAAUGUGGGCAUGGGCUAAAACUUUUUUAAUUACCUUUUACAACCUCAGAGGCCGCUUGCACCAGACAUGGGCUGUGCCUAGAUAUGGCUUUCAGUACUUUUUACCAUUUGCCCUAGACGGUAUCAAUAAGCAAAUAGAGCAAGCAAUCCUUAGAGCUGACAAAAUGGGGGUCAAGGUCAUCAGCCUUGCUGCAUUAAAUAAGAACGAAGGACUGAAUGGGGGUGGAACACUCUUUGUGAACAAGCAUCCGGACCUUAGAGUUCGAGUUGUCCAUGGGAACACCUUAACUGCUGCUGUUAUUCUCAACGAGAUCCCCAAGGAUGUCGAAGAGGUGUUUCUAAGUGGAGCUACCUCCAAGCUUGGAAGAGCCAUUGCCCUCUACCUUUGCCGUAGGAAAGUUCGAGUCCUUAUGCUGACUCUAUCAACAGAGAGAUUUCAAAAGAUUCAGAAGGAAGCGCCAGCAGAUUGUCAACACUACCUUGUCCAAGUCACAAAGUACCAAGCUGCCCGCAAUUGUAAGGCAUGGAUUGUUGGCAAAUGGAUCACACCAAGAGAGCAACGUUGGGCCCCAAGUGGUGCACAUUUUCAUCAGUUUGUUGUGCCACCCAUCUUGCAUUUCAGAAGAGACUGCACUUAUGGUGAUCUUGCAGCCAUGAGACUACCUGAUGAUGUUCAAGGGCUUGGCUGCUGUGAGUACACCAUGGACAGAGGAGUGGUUCAUGCAUGUCAUGCUGGUGGCGUGGUUCAUCUGCUAGAAGGCUGGACUCACCAUGAAGUUGGGGCUCUUGAUGUCGACAGAAUCGACAUUGUAUGGAAGGCUGCUCUAAAACAUGGUUUAAAGCCAGUUUCAUCAAGCGAAGUUAAUUCACUGUGUCACAACAUAUCGGAGUGA